AUGAGAGUUAUCUUAUUUACGGCGAUAGCCCUUUUGGGCGCCGCUUUGGCUGAUGAUAUACCCACAGAAGAAAAUGUGCUCGUGUUGAGCAAAUCCAACUUCGAAGGUGCAAUCUCAUCAAACAACUUCAUUUUAGUUGAAUUCUAUGCGCCAUGGUGCGGUCACUGCAAGUCCCUCGCUCCGGAAUACGCCAAGGCUGCCACCAAAUUGGCCGACGAAGAGUCCUCCAUCAAGCUGGCUAAGGUCGAUGCCACGCAAGAACAAGAGCUCGCUGAGAGCUUCGGCGUCAGAGGAUACCCGACACUGAAGUUCUUCAGGAACGGCAGCCCUAUUGAUUACACAGGUGGUCGCCAGGCUGAUGACAUCAUCACAUGGCUGAAGAAGAAGACUGGUCCUCCAGCUGUUGAAGUGUCAUCUGCUGAACAAGCCAAGGAGCUCAUUGGUGCCAACAAUGUCAUCAUCUUCGGUUUCUUCUCUGACUCAAAUACUCCUAAAGCUAAGUCUUUCGUGAGUGUAGCCAGUGGCAUUGAUGACCAGGUCUUUGCCAUUGUUUCUGACUCGAAAGUCAUUGCUGAGCUGGAAGCUGAAGAUGAGGAUGUUGUCCUCUUCAAGAACUUCGAAGAGCCCCGCGUCAAGUAUGACGGUGAGAAAUUCGACGAGGACCUGUUCAAGACCUGGGUGUUCGUCCAGAGCAUGCCCACCAUCGUCGAGUUCUCUCACGAGACUGCCUCCAAGAUCUUCGGUGGUCAGAUCAAAUACCACCUCCUUUUGUUCCUGUCCAAGAAAAAUGGCGAUUUCGACAAGUACACUGAGGAACUCAAGCCCGUUGCCAAGAACUACCGUGACAGGGUUAUGUCCGUCGCCAUUGACGCUGACGAAGAUGAACACCAGAGAAUCCUGGAGUUCUUCGGCAUGAAGAAGGAGGAGAUCCCCUCUGCCCGUCUGAUUGCCCUGGAACAGGACAUGGCUAAAUACAAGCCCGCUAGCGACGAACUUUCUGCCAACUCCAUUGAGGAAUUCAUCCAGUCCUUCUUCGCUGGUACCCUGAAACAGCACUUGUUGAGCGAGGACCUGCCCGCCGACUGGGCCGCCAAACCCGUCAAGACCCUCGUCGCCACCAACUUCGAUGAAGUCGUAUUCGACAACAACAAGAAGGUCCUUGUUGAAUUCUAUGCCCCAUGGUGCGGUCACUGCAAACAGUUGGCUCCUAUCUACGACAAGUUGGGAGAGCACUUCGAGAAGGACGAUGACGUCGUCAUCGCCAAGAUGGACGCCACCGCCAACGAGCUGGAACACACCAAGAUUACCUCCUUUCCCACCAUCAAACUGUACACUAAGGAUAACCAGGUGAAAGACUACAAUGGCGAGAGGACGUUGGCAGCUAUGACCAAGUUCGUAGAGACCGAUGGUGAAGGCGCCGAGCCUACACCCAGUGUGAGCGAGGAUGAUGAAGAAGACGAACAGCCAUCCAGAGACGAGUUAUAA